AUGUCUGAACGCAAAGUUCUCACCAAAUACUAUCCCCCGGACUUUGAUCCGAGCCAGAUCAAGAGGGUUAGAGCUCCCAAGAAUACCGGACCAAAGGUCCAGACUGUCCGUCUAGCAGCACCAUUGUACGUCAUUUCCCCUGAAGAAUGGAAAGCUCUCGAGGAUGAUAUAGAGUCUAAUAAUCAGCAGCUCGAUGAAGUGUACUUCUUGCGGAGAGUAUAUAUACAAAGGCAGGAAGGAUUCUACAUUCGGUGCACACGAUGUAGCGGACAGAUCACGUUUAAAACAGACCCUAAAAACCAAGAUUAUGCCUGCGAAAGCGGCGCAAAGCGCAGCACAGAACCCUGGCGCGUCGGCGUCGACGAGACCGACGAGCAGCGCCUCGACCGGCUCGAGCGCGAAGGGGCCGAAGAGGAGCAGCGCAACGCGAUGGUAGAGCUGGAGACCAAAACCGUCGACGCAAAGCGGGAGAUGGCGGUCGCCGACGCCCUCGACGAGAUCCGCACGCGCAACGCGCGCCUCGAGCGCGCCAACCAGGACGGCGUCGAGGCCUCCGUCCCAAUCCCCGUCGACAACGAGGCCGAGCGCCUCGAGAGGGAGGACGCGGAGGCCGCGAGGAGGGCAUUCGAGUUCGCGAGGCAAGUCGAUCGCAUGACGGAGGAGGUCGUGGUGCUGGAGGAUGGGUAUGAUUAUGAUAAUACGGGGUUUGCUUCCACAUCUGCAUCUACAUCCACAGCCACAUAUACGCCCAUAUCAACGUCGACUCCGAGUUCGAGUUCAGCAGCAGCGCCGGGUCCGUUAGCGUCUACAGAGAUUGGCACCAUGAAACCACUACCACGGCCAGAAGCAGCAGCGUCGAUACCAAGUUCGACGGCAUCUACGGACAUGCCGCCCCCGUCCUUCAAGCGCGUGGUCAAGAAGAAGAAGGAUCAUUCGGCGCUCCUGGGUAUUAAGAAGAAGGCGCCGCUUGUGUAGCUAGGUACCUAGCUUAAUCGAUAUUGGUAUUGGCAAGUCAUCAGUCAUGACUGUUGGGUGGUUCUUGUGCCUUCAAGUAGCCUGAGGUGCAUACCAUGAAGCCGGCGAAUG